CCUCUUUUGGUUUGUUCAGAAAAAAAAAACAAAAAGGAAAGAAGAGCAACGAGAAAGCAGUUAGUUAUAGCUAACGACGAUGGCGAGAGAGACGUCGUCGACGCAAUCAUACAGCGAGAAAUGGUACUGGGACGACCGCUACACGAACGAAUCAGAUUCCUUCGAUUGGUACCAAAACUAUUCUUCAUUGUCUCCUCUCAUCAAUCUCUACCUCCCUCCUCACCCUACUCACCGUUCCCUCGUCAUCGGCUGCGGCAACUCGGCGUUCAGCGAGGGGAUGGUGGAUGCUGGGUACGAAGAUGUAGUUAAUAUCGAUAUCUCCUCUGUUGUGAUCGAUGCCAUGAACAAGAAACACUCAGACCGUCCUCAGCUCAAGUAUUUGAAGAUGGAUGUGCGUGAUAUGAAGGCCUUUGAAGAUGCUUCCUUUGAUGCUGUGAUUGAUAAAGGAACCUUAGACUCAAUUUUGUGUGGGAGUAACUCGAGGCAACACUCAACGCAAAUGAUUGAGGAGGUUUGGAGGGUACUCAAGGAUAAAGGAGUCUACAUCCUGAUUACAUAUGGAGCUCCCAAUUAUCGGCUUCGGCUGUUUAAAGAAUCAUCACGCUCUUGGACUACAAAACUCCAUGUGAUAGACAAAAGUUUGACAGAUUAACAACCAUUAGAAACGCCAAGAUGGGAACUGACUAAACCAAUUCCUCUAGAUGAUGAGGGAAGUUCAGUGGAGUCUGCAAUUGGCAAAAGCCCUGAUGUCCACUACAUCUAUGUCUGUAUCAAGGAUGAGGCGUUGAAGACGGAGACAGAGGCAGUUUUGAAGUCAUGAGAAUCUUUUUUUGGUGCUCUUUGCUUCGGAACAUAUAGGUCCUACAAGGAACUUAGUUUUUUCUUUGUUGUAUUUAUGUGCAAGAGUAAAGACACGAUGAUAUCUUGGGUUCAUGUUUACUCCAUAAUUAGAGGAGGAAGAGUAUGAUUCAAGUUGAAGUACAUUGAAUUGGAAACCAAGAUCAUCAAUGUUAUGAAUUCAUUGAAGCUA